UCAACAAGCUGUAGCUGCUUAUGAGGAGUAUGCGAAUAGACAUCGAGCUGAUUCACCACGCUAUUGUAUAGGGUAGAAGGUGUCUGUUAAUACAAAGAAUAUGAAAACAUCCCGAAAAGUCAAGAAGUUGGAUGAUAAAUGGACCGGUCCCUACGAAAUCAUUAAGGUAUACCUAUAUUCUGGUUUUAUUCAGCUGCUGGAAAAUGUACGAAUCUUCCCUGUCUUUCAUCACUUUCUAUUUAUUUCAGUGUAUGAUGCCAAACGUUUCCUUGCGCAAAUCAAGAUCAAUAAUUCGGAGUCUUGGACGAAACUCAGUAGAGUUCUUGAAAGGGAGGAUAGCGAGGAUGAAUCUGUUCAGAAGUGGGUAUUUGAAGGAAUACUAGAUAACCACAAUGAGGAUGGAUAUCACUAUCUAGUCAAAUGGAGACACUAUGCCCCAACUUGGCAACCAGCUUUAGAUUUAAAAAGCGACGAGAAGGUUGUAGCUCAAUACCAUCACUUACACCCCGAGAAACCUGGACCACCGAAAUGGGUCUUAGACGACCCUACUGCGAAAGAGAUACUUUUACCAGGAACAGAUACAGUAAGACCACCAGCUCGAAGAUCGACCCGGCAGAAAAAGGUCAAAUUUUCCUGAAGGAGACGAAGCCUGCCGGCAGGGGGGGAAAAUGGCACA